CACCGUCAGAGGGCGGACAGUGAGGUGAGGUGACGGUCCGUCUACACGUAGUCAUCUAAACCCGGACAAGAGUCGCGUUCGGCCGCAAGGAGAACCCCCAACCACACGCUCGGUCGCAUCGUCACCAUGUCAGCUUCGGUGGGUCCAGGUCCGGGCAUCAUCCUAUGUCUGCUGAGCGGGUCAUGUCAGGUCGACACUACCACCGGCUCGCUGCCGACCCGAUCCGACAUGGCACUGCUCCAGGAGAUGGUCACCGACCAGCCGCUGGCCAACCACGUCACGUCGCCCUUCCUCAUGUCCAUGCUCAUGUCGCAGGUCUGGCUGGGCGCCAGAGGCAGCACGAGGAAUGAGAUGUCAACAAUCCUGGGGAUGUCUUCGCAGCACAUGGCUGCGUACAAAAGCGCACUGCAGCAGUUAGGGAAUGCCAAAACGGGCGUCACCACUUCUGUGUUCAACAGGAUUUACCACCUCAGCAGCUUCAGCGUCAAACCAUCUUACACGGGCUUACUGCUAAACUACUACGGAUCGCGGCCAAAGGUUCUUCCGCGCGACACGGUCGCGGCAGCGAAAGAGAUAAACGAUCUUGCAUCUGAGAAAACUCAGGGAAAUAUCAAGGAUCUAGUUACCCCGAAGGAUCUCGAAAACGUGGUCAUGGUACUUUUUGGAGCUAUCUAUUUCAAAGGAACGUGGUUGUAUCGCUUCAAAACGGCCGACAAAAUGAACUUUCUGACACCUAACGGUGAAAGGGCCGUAACAAUGAUGGAACUGAAGACAGAGGUGCUCGCCGGAUACUUCAGGGACUAUCAAGCUGUUGCGCUGCCCUAUAAAGACCAAGACUACUCGCUGAUCGUUGUGCAGCCUCACCAACGAACCUUGGCUGCCGUAAAGGGUCUCCAAAGUGCGCUCUCUUCGCUAGAUAUAGGGAAGAUAUAUGGGCAGCUUCGCAAAAGAGAACAGACAGUCAUAAUGCCACGUUUCAAAGUAGAGGCAAAAUACAAAAUGCCUCAAUAUUACAUUGAACUCGGAAUCAGGAAGAUCUUUAAAUCCUCGGCUGACUUUAGUGGCAUGUCUCGAGAAAGAAUUUAUGUGAAAGAUAUCAUUCAGAAGGCAAUGAUCGAAGUGAACGAGGAGGGAACAACUGCGGCGGCUGCUGGUGUUGUGCUGAUGACAAAGUCUGCAUCACUACCUUUCAUUGUGAACAGACCGUUCUUUGCAUUUGUCUAUCACAAAAAGCUGAAAAGUGUUCUUUUUGCUGCACAUGUGAACGAUCCGUCGUAGGCUUCAAUGUCAUUUGGCCAAGUGGUCGAGUGGGUGACAAAAAGCCGAUAGUUUACGAGUUAACAAGGUCGUUGUCAAUCUGCCUAUCGGCUUUUAGUUGAGUGGGAUACUGGAAACAUCUUGAUCCUGCAGUAGUUCGUCUUUUUUAGCUGUCUCAUUUUGAAAGAUUUGAACAAUGCCGGUGUCUAUAGAUUGUUGUCACAAUAUAAUUACAGCAAUGAACCAGCUCACUUUGAA